AUCCAUCAGCUUUGCAUUCCUCAACUCAAACUUUCUUAACUUUUCCUUUAGCUUUUCCUUUUAAGUAAUUCCAUCUGUAUGGAGUUUAAGAAACAAUUGCAAGCUUUGCAGCAAACUUUACCACGCCAGGCGAAUCCUCCAGCCAGUGAUGUGGUACAUCAAAGACGAUCUGCCAAUUAUAAGCCAAACAUUUGGAACUAUGAUUACCUAGAGUCUCUUUCCAGCAUAUAUGACGGGCAGGAAUACGAAAGACAGGCACAGAAGCUGAUAGUGAAUGUAAAGGAUUUGUUUGCGGAAGCAGUUGACAAAGUGGCAAAGUUAGAGCUCAUUGACAGCGUUGAAAAGUUAGGCCUAGACAGCCAUUUUGAUGUGGAAAUCAAGGAGGCUCUAGACAUCAUAUCAUCCACUAAGAAUAAAAAUCCUAGUCCAAAAGAGGAUCUCUACACUACUGCACUAUGCUUUAGGCUUCUUAGGCAGCAUGGCUAUGAAGUUUCACAAGAUAUAUUUAGAGGCUUCAUGGAUGAAAAAGCCGGUUUGUUCAAGAAAAGCACACGCACAAAUAUUAAAGAAAUGCUUGAACUUUUGGAGGCCUCACACUUGGCUUUAGAAGGUGAAGACCUCAUGGACGCUGCUAGAGAAUUCUCAACAGAAACUCUCAAAGAUUGUAUUCCUAAUUUAGACUGUGACCUUGCUGAACAAGUGUCCCAUGUUUUUGAGCUUCCAUCACAAAGGAGAUUGCAGUGGUUUGACGUCAAAUGGCACAUCAACGCAUAUGAGAAAGACAGACAUAUGAAUGCUAUGUUACUUGAACUUGCUAAACUUCAUUUCAACAUAGUUCAAGCCACACUUCAAAAAGAGUUGAGGGAAUCAUCCAGGUGGUGGAGGAAUCUGGGCCUCUCAAAGGACUUGAGUUUCGCUAGAGACCGACUGGCUGAAAGUUUUAUGUGCUCGGUGGGCUUUGCUUCCAAGCUUAAGUACACAUAUCUAAGAAAAUCGCUAACUAAAGUGACUAAUCUGAUAGCGAUAAUUGAUGAUGUUUAUGAUGUGUAUGGCACACUGGAAGAACUAAAGCUGUUCACCAAUGCCGUAAAUAGGUGGGAUGUCAGUGAAACUCAACACCUGCCAGAGUGUUUGAAGAAUUGCUUCCUAGCACUCUACAAUACGGUCAAUGAAAUCGCUAAUGAAAUUCAAAAAGAGAAGGGCUCGAAUCAAUUAUUACCUCACACAAAAAAAGUGUGGACAGAUUUUUGUAAUGCAUUAUUUGUGGAAGCAAAGUGGUACAACAUGGGCUACACACCAUCCUUUCAAGAAUAUCUAAGCAAUGCAUUGAUUUCAUCGGCUGGCGCUAUAUUUUUGGUUCAUCAAUUUUUUUCUAUGGGACAUGAGGUAACAAAGGGAAUGGAAGAUUUUCUGGAGAAAAAUCAAGAAAUUGUGUACAAUAUAUCUAUGAUAAUUCGACUCUGCAAUGAUCUAGUGACUUCUGUGGCUGAGCAAGAGAGAGGCGAUGCUCCUUCAUCAAUUGUAUGUUAUAUGAGAGAAGCGAAUGUUUCAGAGGAAAUAGCCCGGAUGCACAUUCAAGGAAUGAUAAACAAAACUUGGAAGAAAAUAAAUGGGCAAUGCUUUAAUCAAUAUCCGACGCAGCAAUUUGUUAAUAUUGCUACAAAUACUGCGCGCAUGGCACAUAGCCUUUACCAAAAUGGAGAUGGAUUUGGUGUUCAAGACCAAGGCACACGGAAAAAUAUCAUGUUUUUGCUAGUUGAACCUUUCAUGCUUUAUUGAAAUGUGAGAGGAGGAAGCAUAAGUUACUGUAUUCUAUGAGUACCUAAUAAUUUCCAUUAA